AGUGCCACAAUUUUCAUAUCUGUUCACUUGGAAAACAACAUGACAAUGAGAACUGGAAUGGAAUACACUAAAAUUACAAAAAAUGCUAAAGAUUGUCACAAAAUAAUUUAAAGUUAUUGGAAGUCCACUCCAUUGACAACAAAACAAUGAACUUUUUAAGUAACAGCUCACUAGUGUCAUCGAAUGGAAUACAUGAUGUCAAAAACUUGUUGCGAUCUGUGGAAUGGUCUACAAGUGUCCAGAAAUUUGACCGAAACUCUUCUUAUCCCAUGAUUGUCAAGCCCACUGCUGAAACUGCUGCCACUUAUAAUGUUUCAGAGGAUCCAAUAUUGUUGCAUCAUUUUUGGGUGACACAAAGGUUAACAGUUCAAAGCUUAGAAGAAGAAGGUGCUUAUGUUGUUGGCCCACAACUUGAAAUUUCAUCAGAAUACAACGGAACUUUCCAAUACAGAAACGAUCAGAAAGGCAAUCAAGAUGUUCAUAUGUUCCAUUCCGUCAAAGAGAUUUCUAUGUCAAUGCCAGAGAGAGUGUUUCCUCAAGAAAGAUUAGUUGUUUACCCAGUGACCACUCAAGAAAUUGCGUCAUCAUCUGGGGAAAAAACAAAAUCUUUGGUCUUGCAGCCUACUGAUCAACUCAUUGUUAUUGAAAAGAAGGAAGUUUAUACUGUGACACCGUCUAGGUUUGCCGCUUUCAGUGGAAAACCAAAGUACAAGUUUGUUGCUGUACCUUGUGUAGCAUUUAUGAUUGAAAUGACAAAAGAAGUCGUAAACUUGCCUCUCUCCACAAAAGGAAAAUUUUCUACGUUGUCGCAUAUUCCAUCACAUGGAAGAGAAUACAGUUUCAAAGACAUCAUCGAUGAACUUGAUCUUCCUAUCAAUUUAAUAACAUGUCGCAACUGUCCGCAAACUCUUUUGGAUGAGCAUUUUAUACGACCAGGAAUGCGUUUGAGGCUGACUGCGGUUGAAGAACAUGAAGUUAUACUGGGAAUAUCAAUCCAAGAAAAUGUAGUUGAAUUUGCUGCAGAAGAUGUUGAAUUUAUACUACCGAAACAUUUGGAAACCGGAGGGGACAAAGACCAGGAAAUUGCUUAUCAGACUGCUUUGCAACGUUUUCUCAUGGAGUGUCAGAUAAAGAAUUCCCCAGUCAAUAUAAAAGAUUAUCAAAAAUCAAUACGAAGUCAUAUUUCAAGGGUAGUUCGACCAACCAAACCCAAAGCUCUCAGUCAAACUGCUGCAAACCGUGUUUACAAGUACAAUGCCACUCAAAUGUCAUUUCAAAAUGGAAUGCCAGCGAUUGCAUUAUUGUCCACUUCUAACAAUUUUAGAAACUUUGAUCGGCGAUCCAGUCAUCCUUCUGAUGCUCAUCUUACUCAAAGACACUCGAUGCCUUUGCCUGCUCCGCCUCAAAUUACUCAAGAAGUCACUCCCCCAUUACCUCCGAGGAAUUCUCGGAGCGGAUCCAAUUUGCGAGUAAAUGGUGCAGGAAUACCAAAAAGGCCACUUUCAGCCAGAUUAAGGAGCCUAAGUCCAAUAGACUUCGAUGAUUUCCCAACGAGACCGCCACCACCUCCACCUAAUUAUCCACCUGAAAGACCAAAAGCAGCAUCAAUGAAUGAAAGCACUGUUAAUCAUAUGUCUGGAGAACGAAUUUGGGAAUCAUUGGAUGAAAGUUGCUUGAAAAAAUUACGUGAAGAAAAAGGUUUAAUUGAGGAGAUAGAGAGGAAUGAUUCUGUGUUUGAAAACAAUGCAACAGAGCAACGAACAGGUCUCGCUGUACCAACAAGUUCAUUGAACGGUGGAGUGUUUCAUCUUUCUGAAAGCACUAUAGAAGCUCCUAGAAGAUCAGUGUCACCUGAAUUUACAUUAUCUGCACAAUCAGCAGUUCCAUCUCUAGUCGAAACAGAAGGUUCAGUAGAAACAGACAGUUCAGUAGAGAGUGUCAGCGAUUUGACACCCACUGUUGAAAUUUCUAAAGAAGUUUCAUCUGUCGUCGGGAACAAAAUUGCGAACCCAAUUCGUUCAGUCAAUAUGAACCCCUACGAAAAUGUUGUUUUUUUGGAAAAUAAAGUUUCAAUCAAAGUAAUAUCAGAUGAUAAUCAAAAAGCAGAGUCUUUAAUUGUUGAAAUACCAGAGAAAAAUGAAAAUAUGGAAGAGUCAUCCAAACAUAAUUCAGAAAAUGCUGUGUCAUCAACACAAAAAGAAAUUAAUGCCGAGUCAGCAAAUCAACAAGAAAUAAAUACUGAGUCAGCGAAACAGCAAGAAAUAAAUGCAGAGUCAGCGAAACAGCAAGAAAUAAAUGCUGAGGCAGCAGUUGAAGAUUCCGAAUCGCAAAUAACUAGCUUGGAAAUUUCAAUCUCUUCCACAAGGUCAAGUUCAAGUGCAGAAAAAAGUGAUGAAGAUGAACCUAAUCGAAGUCAAAAUUCUCAAAGUUCAACAUUCCCGUCGACGUCAUCAACAAGCAGUUCCAGCACUUCGAAAUCAGGUCGUCAACGGGAUGGAUUUUAUCAUGUUUCUCAGUUCUCUGUUAUAAGUGAUGACAGCAAUCCAUUACAACAUGUUUCCUUUGCUUGUAACUAUGUUCCAUCGCCAAGAAAUUGGAUUCCACCAUAUGACCUCUCUGGAAUGUCCGUUUCCGAAGUAUCAGAUGCACUGAGGUAUAUUGGCAUGAAUGAAGACACCGUUGAAUGGUUUCGUGCUGAAAAAGUUGACGGUCAUCUACUGUGUGCAAUCGAGAAUGAAGUUUUAACCCAACAUUUUCGAUUAACUCCUUUCCAACAAAAGAAAAUGGUUAUGUUCCUGAAAGGAUGGCGUCCAAAACUAAAAUAAGCAUACAUGUCAAGCGGUAUUCAAAUUUUUUUUAAAUGCGUUAGUGGCAAAUUCACAAUUUGUUAGUAAUUUUAGGGAUUGUUUUAAUUACUGAACAACUAGGUUUAUAGAAAGAAUAAAUAAGAACUCUGGACCAGAGGUUUUUAAUCUUUUAUCCUUUUCGCACCCCUUUGAAGUCAUUAACCGAUUCUUGUAGCGACAAAGUUUUUUUUAAAUUACCCAUUUCCGUAGCUUCAGCUGCAUCUUUUCCCUUGUAAGUUCGUUCUAUCACCAUAAGUUAUUCAAAAUUACAUUCUUCAUCGUUCCAUGACUGGAUAAUUUUGUUAUUUUCUAAUCUUAAACCCACUUUUUCAUACCAGUCUUCCGAGUAUAUGGAUCCUCAGGUAGUUUGGAGUGUUUUCAACGUUUGUAUUUAUUGUGAAUGUAUUCUUGUAUUUUACAUUAACACAUUGUUUUCUCUCUUGUUCUUCAAUGUUGUAAUCAUUAAGUCUUCAAAUUUUUGUGUAAUAUUGCUGCCUUCAAUGAGAUUAUUAGUGUUUCUUUUUCUUCCUAAUUGUUUAUCUUUUAUUUUCUAUCUGCGAGAAAAAAAGGUUGUAUAUAAUAAUAUUAUUUGCAGUAUGUCUUAUUCUAAAUUUUUGCAAUAUGCUCAUUACUUAUAGCUUGCCAAGUAAAUUUUUUUAUGCAAUAUUUUCCCAUGACGAUUCUGCUGUGUGAACAGCGAAGUAGAUUAUUAUAAUUACUGUGUUGUUAAUAACAUCAUUUCACAUUUUAAUGGUUUAUGUAUAAGAUGGGAAACCGAUAAUGUACCUGAUUAACUUGAAAAUCUGCUGAAAUAUUUGUAGUCUGAGCAUUAUAUCAAGUAUGGUUCUGAUAUUGUCUCUUUAAAAACAUUAUCAUAUUUGGUCAUGCAUCAAAUACCAAAAAAAUUAUUCAAUUCAGAAUUGAAACAAAACUGUUCUUUGAAGACGUACACACAUAAAAGUAUCAUUUUGUAAAAGAAACUUGUUUAUAUAUAAUAAUGAGAUAAUUAAGUCCAUUUCGCUCAAGGGAAAAUAUGAUGUCUUUUGAGAUUUAGAAACUAAUUGAAGACAUGUCCGGAAAUUAGUCUCCGUUUGGUCCUAAUGUGAACUACAACUUUUAUACAUUUCAUCGUUAUAUCAACGUGUUGGAAUUCUUCAAUUGGAUACAAAAAGAAGUUUAUCAAGUCCAAAAUAUAGUUUUCCUUCAGCAUUGUCCAUGAAUGAAAACAGCCUUUUCUCUGUGUGAGAAAAUGCUGUUAUUUUUCGAAUAGAAAUUUUUUGUUUUGUUGAAAAAAUUGAUGACACUUAUUAUGUGAGGGUGUAAAGUCAUGAAAUUUUGACACGAUACCACUGUACAACUAUAUGGUAUGAACUUUUGUGAUUUUUUUCUCAUUUCAAAAGUAUUUUAGAACCCGAAUCAUAACCUUAAUUAUUCUUUAAUAUGAAACUCGAGCAAUAUUUUGUUAGGUACUUCUUUUAUUACGAUAAGGUGAACAUAACUAUUCCAUGACUAAAACAGAACAAAUUCUGCAAAUUUACUUUAUUUCUUCUAUAUAUAACGAUUAACCAGUAUCUAAGGUUGUUAAAACAAUUAAACAAUUAAUUGGUCAUUGGCAAACCAACAUUCCAUGGCUGUAAAUAUAUUCAUUUUCUGUACAUCAAACACAAAUUUGAAAACAGUGUGAAUUAGUCUUUCCAAAACCAAUUAAUACAUAUCAAUUUUGUUAUUAUACCUUUGAAUCAAUUUGCGUUCAGAAUAUUGUAAAUUUGGAAACCUUUGUUUUAACGAAAAAGAGUAGGUUGUCAACUAAAAUGAUGAAUUUAUUAAUCUUUAUUUAAAUGUAGAAUUGGUUUCGGUUGAAUUUUUCUUACCUUUUUGGGGGUCUAAUUUAGAAUUCCAGAUAUAAUAUAUUAUAUUUUAGGAUUCCUUCCAAAAGUAGAUCACACAUUUCCAGUCAUCCCCUGGGUAUUUCAUUUUCAUCGUAUUGUAACAAAUUUUGAUAUUUCUCAUUUUUAUUUGGUUCGACUAUUCAGCAGGUUUCCUAAUUCUGGCUGUGCGUGUGUAUAAUUUUGAUCUAUGCAUGAGAUUUGAGAAUGGAAUACCAUACUUCAUUAACUUCAAUACUAUAGUCUAUCAAUGAAAAGGUACAUUCACGUUUGAUGGUUUAUCCCGCUAUAUGAUGCUUAUUUAGUUAUGUCUGAACAAGUAUCAAACAUUGAUUGCAUCUGGCCUGUGAAAUCCCAUGAAAUUUACACCAGACGGUGUAUUUAUAUUCAUAAACGAGUCUGACUGAUAUUUUGGUGUAUGCAAUCUUUUUUUUAAUUGUCUACUGAGAAUACUUAGUCCCUAAUCAACUUGAUGCUUUUUUAGUUUUCUGUUGAAGAUUUCAUAAAUUUCUGCGUAUUUUCUGCUAUGAACACAAUGACUGCUUCCGGUUUGGUUAAACAUUGUAGGCUUCUGGAAAUAUUGAGUACAAUCUGUGUAUUUAUGGAGUUGACAGGGGAGAAUUGUCCGUUAGGGAUAAAAUAUUUAUAUGGAAUAGCAGUAUCUUUUUAUUUACUGAAUGAUAUCGCGAUUAUCGUUUAUAUUUUCUGCUAGUAUUUAUUUCGUGAACUGCAAAAUAAGUGUAUUAUCUGUAGCGAUAAGCCUUUAAUGCCUUACUCUUCAAAUAAAUUUUGAGGGAUGUA